AGGAUAGCAUCAAACACUCAUUCACACACACCAAUUGCCUCGCACGACGCACCCCAUUCCCCCACUAUAACUCCCUGCCUUCCCCUCUUGUAGAUCUAACCUCCCUCAAACCUUUCAACUCUCUACUUUCUCUCUCCUCCUUCUCUCUCUUUCUCUCUCCUCUCUUCAUCAAUGGCUCGAAACAAAGCCCAGAAACCCUUGACUGAAGCCCCACCAGAGGCCGAUUCAUCCGAAGAAUCCGCCUCUACUUCAUCCCAAGAACUCGAAGAAGACCAGAAUUCUGGUUCCGCCGCUUCUUCUUCCGACGAAGAACAAACCCCAUCAACCCCACCACCACCGCCGGCCUCCGGCAAGAAAGCCCCCUCUUCCACCGCCGCCUCCGCCGCACCAACCACCGUCGCCUCCGGCAACAAGAGGCCUCCUCCCGAGGACGAUUCUUCCUCCGAUGAUGAAGAAGACGAACCCACUUUGCACAAAAUCAAGCCCAUCUCAAAACCCGGCUAUGAAUCCGGUACCCUCGGUAAGGGUAAACUUAAGUACACCAUUGCUGCUCUCCCCGCCGGUCAGAUUCCCGAGAAGCGCGCGUCGGAGAGUGAACUCAAGAGUUCGUCGAAGAAGCCGAGGAAAGAGAAAUCUGGGAGUGUUACCGCCGCCGCCGCCGGCGUCGGUGGUGGGGUUCAAGAAGAGGGAUCGAAGAAGUUGUUUCAGAGGGUGUUUAGUGAAGAUGAUGAAAUUCUGAUUUUGAAAGGUAUGAUUGAUUUUAAGGCUAAAAGAGGGGCUGACCCCAUGAUUGAAAUUGAUGAUUUUUAUGGGUUUAUUAAGAAAUCUUUGCAUGUUGAGGUUAGUAAGGUUCAGAUUGUUGAUAAGGUUCGUAGGCUUAAGAAGAAGUUUUUUAAUGCUAAGAAGAAGAAGCUUACUAACCCUAUUGAGAUUCAGUGUUUUGAAUUGUCUAAAAAGAUUUGGGAAAAUAACUAUAGUAAUGUUGGGGAUGAUGUUGUUGUUGACGAUGAAAAGGGUACUAAUGGGGCUGCUGAAAUUAAUAAUGGUAAUGUGGGAUCGAAAUCGAACUCGAAAGCUCGGGUUUUGAAGAUUAAGAGUGGUGCUAAUGCUGGGCCUGUUGUGGAGGAUCAGAAAAAGAAGAAUGAUAAGGAGGAGGAAGUGAUUGACAAGAGUGGGAAGGUUGUUGAGGUUGAUGAGAAAGAUGUGGAAUUGGAGGUUGGAGAAGCCGUGGCGUGGGAGGAGUUAAGGAAGAAAGGGUUGAAGAUGAUGGGAGCCAAGGCGAGGGCUGAGAUCGGUGAGAUGUGGGAAAAGGUGGCAAUGAAGCAAGCUGAGGCAAGAAUUCUGCGGUCUGAAGCCGAGCAGGAGGAGACGCGGAGGAUCAUUGAAGCUCUUAGGUCCGGUAAACAUUAGGUGAAUCGAAGAAGAAGUUCGGUGUGGUAAGUUUUUGUGAAGAUUGGAGCAGUGCAGAAGGUAGAUGAUUCGCGGUGUUUUAUGGUAGUUUUUCGUAGUUGUACUCAAUUAUUGGAGAUGAUUUUUCUCCUUAUCAAGCCUUAGGAUGUACAUCCCUUUUAAGAGGCUUUUUAUGUUUGAUAUGUUUUUAGGGUACAGUUUGUUGUUGUUUAGAUUUCCGGAUUAAAACUUGAGAUGCUUUGACUAUGGUUUGGUCAUUGUUAGUUUCUUAUAGUAUAAAAUGCGAAAUGCUAGCCUUGUUAUCCUUUA